AUGUCUCAGCCUCGAUAUCAAUCAAUAGUAUCAACAUUAAUAUCCAUAGUCAUCAGUAAUGUAGAAACGGAAGACCCGAUAGACAUAGACCCUAUAACUGAUCAACCUCACAGACCGCAAACACCAGAAACACAGCGUUCUCGAUCACCUCCUCUCUCUCAGCGAUCACGACGACCAUCGACACACAGCACAAAAUCACAAUUAGGGAAACUGAUAUACUCUGAUCUGCCUCAAAUACCAUCAACUUCAAUAUAUCAAGGUGGGGGAAUUGAAAGGGAAGAAUGGCGACAGAAGGUUAAAGGUACCGUUGUUACAGGAGUAGAGGAUGAACGCAAGGCGGAACAAACAGGAACGCCUGCAACGUCGAUGGCAUCGUUAAGAGAACAAAAAACACCAAGCACCACCAGUACUCCCAUAAGCACACCACAGCGAACACCACAGCGAACACCACUACUCGACACCGUCGUACAUAAUGAUAACGUUCCCGAAUUUUCUCUCGAAGGGAAGCAAACGAAGGAAUUUGAGAUGGAAUCAGAAGAAGAAUCACCCGUUGAUUCUGAAAUGAUAUCCCCCUUAAGGUCACCAUCCCAAUAUCCACCUUCAUAUCCAUUAACCAAAACAUCUUCUCAUCGUUCGCAGAUAUCAAUCUCGUCACAACACAUGCUGAGGAGCACUUCACACCAGUCGCAUCUCUCAUACUCUUCACCCUCGCCCACACCAUCAGCCUCUCCGGUUUCUCCUCACAGUAUUCCGAACUGCCCACAUUGUAAUGCUCCUCAAACACUUAAUUGGUGUAAAAAUUGCGAGGCAAAGAGAUUUGAAGCCGACUUUCCUAAUUGGACAAGUGGGAAUCAGGCGAUAGAUAAGGUCAUUCAGGAAAGCCAGUUGGCUGCCCGGAAUCCUGUUAGUUACUUGGAGUGGAUUGACUAUGGGCAAUUUGAAUAUUCCCAACUGAUCGACGCAGGUGGAUUUGGAAAGGUCUGGAAAGCUUUAUGGCGUGCUGGACCAAAAGAUGAAUGGGAUUGGGAGACGAAUGAAUGGGUUAGAGGCGGAAUAGUACCGAUAGCUUUGAAGGAGUUAAAUGAGUCAAGCAAUAUUAGUAUUGAAUAUUUGGAUGAGAUAACUGCGCCCAUGGCUUUCAAUUCAAUUUACUCAAAUCUUGCUCGAUACUACGGCAUAACACAAGAUCCCACAACAAAGAACUACAUGUUGGUCCUUGAUUUCUGUCCUCACGGCAGCCUAACUUCGUAUUUAGCGGAAAACAAAGAUAGCGUAACGUGGAUUAAAAAGUUGGAAAUUGUCCAUAGUAUUGCUGCAGGGUUGUGGGAGAUACACUCUAAUGGUUUUCUGCACAAAAACCUUCACGGAGGGAAUGUUCUGAUUACUCUAACUACUCCGGCAUUGGCGGAUCUUGGCAUCUGUCAUCCCGCUGGGGACCGAGUCAAUGGUGAAAAUCUCUAUGGGGUAUUGCCAUAUGUAGCGCCAGAAGUCAUUCAGGGGCAACCACAUAACACUACAUCAGAUAUUUUCAGUGUGGGGAUUCUCAUGUGGCAAGUCAGUUCAUGCAGGCUCCCGUACACUCAUCUGGCACAUGACGAUAGUCUUGCCUCUGAUAUAUGCGAUGGACUAAGGCCAAAGAUCGUCGAGGGUACACCGUCAUCUUAUCGUGAACUCAUGGAGAGAUGUUGGAAUCCUAAUCCUAAAUUAAGACCUAGCGCCAAGGAGCUCUAUGUAGCGCUCGGUUUGUUGUUACACCAAGCAUUGUUUAUUAAUGACGGAGAAGUCUGUAAGGAGUUUACCGAGGCCGAAGAGUUUAGAACGAAAUAUUGGAUAGAGAAAGAAAAGACGAGAGAUAUUAAAGAGCAUCCUCGAGCUGUUUAUAAAAGUACAUUGCUGGAUUAUCCUGGAUUACGCCAUCCCAUGUAUUAA